AAGAGUUGAAUCAGAGGAACUGUGUGUGAGACGAAUAUAAGAAAAAUGUAACGAUGGCAUGCGAGAGGCAAACUACCAGAACCAGUUGAUCGGGCUCAAAAGACGACUGGUUAACUUUCAUGGUCUUACUUAUAUAGGCAUAGACUCGAUAACGUUUCGACAUGGUCGUUCCUGCGGACCAUGCACUUCAUGAGGCGAUUCAAGUAUCGUCGUUGAUACUUUCCGACGAUGUCAGACGACAAAAAGUCGAGAACUACAUGGCGGAGAUGCGAUUCUCCGCAGCGACUGCUAGGAAGAUACAGGAUGUUUUCAUUUCGGAAAUGAAUAAGGGAAUCCACCAGCAACCGUCCUCAUUGCAGAUGGAGAACACCUAUGUACCGGAACUACUCGAUGGAACAGAAGAAGGUCUUUACUUGGCACUCGAUCUCGGCGGCACCAACUUUCGUGUGCUACUGUUGGAAUUGGCCCAUGGUGCUCCCAUACGACAAGAGGUGCAGCGAUAUUACAUCGGGUCCGAAUUAAGAGUCGGCUCGGCAAUCCCCCUGUUUGACUAUUUGGCUGAGUGUGUCAGUGAUUUCGUCAUUUCUCAGGGUCUUCAGGACGUGGAGCUUCCUCUCGGCUUUACCUUCUCGUUCCCGAUGAUUCAACACUCGUUGGACGUCGGUAUUCUGGUGACAUGGACCAAAACUUUCAACUGCCCCGAUGCUGUAAACAAGGACGUUGUGAGGCUACUACGAGAGGCGUUGGAUCGACGGGGCGACACAAAGGUGAAGGUCGUAGCCGUUUUAAACGACACGACGGGUACCUUGGUACAAGCUUCAACUUUGGAUCAUAACACGGCGAUCGGACUUAUUCUGGGAACUGGUAGCAACGCCUGUUAUCUGGAACGGGCGGAUCGGGUCGAGCAUUGGGAACCGGAGAGACACGGCGAGAGAGAAGUUAUCAUUGAUAUUGAGUGGGGCGCCUUCGGUGAUAACGGCGUCUUGGACUUCAUCAAGACGGAUUUCGAUCGCGAGAACGACGCAAAUUCCCUUAUCGCGAAUUCAUUUACGUAAGUGAACAAACUCGUUGCAUUAUC